UUCAAUGGAUAAAAAUGGCGUUCACUAAAAUGGAUAAAUAACUAUAAUAAGGUCGCAGCUAUUAACUGAUAAAUUUAUUAGAUUGAAUCUUCUGAAGAUGCAGUUCAUGCUGCUGUUCAGCCGGCAGGGCAAGCUGCGUCUCCAGAAGUGGUACGUGGCUCACCCGGACAAGGUCAAGAAGAAGAUAACACGCGAGCUGAUCACGACCAUAUUGGCCCGCAAGCCGAAAAUGAGCAGCUUCCUCGAGUGGAAGGACGUCAAAAUAGUCUACAAGAGAUAUGCGAGUCUGUAUUUCUGCUGUGCUAUCGAGCAGAAUGACAACGAACUCUUAACUCUUGAGAUAAUUCAUCGUUACGUGGAGCUGCUGGAUAAAUAUUUUGGAAGUGUGUGUGAGCUGGACAUCAUCUUCAACUUCGAGAAGGCGUACUUCAUCCUGGACGAGCUGCUGCUGGGUGGCGAGAUACAGGAAACCAGCAAGAAGAAUGUGCUGAAGGCCAUCGCUGCGCAGGACUUGCUGCAGGAGGAAAUAGAUUUCUAAUCACAGUAUGAGCUGCAAGACGUGAUGUGAGGAAUUAAAAGCAAGACAAGUGUCAAACUUAAUCAACAAGUUACUUCCUUCUGUUCGACAUUGCUGGUACACAUCUUAGAGAAAUUUGUGUUUUAAAGUAUAUAGGAUACUUAUUUAGAUAAGUCAGAAUUUGGAUGGAAGUUUACAAUAAAUUUUUAGAUUUCAAAAUGCAUUGUAUUUGAUUUAAUCAUAUGUAUAAAAAAUAAUAACUAUUAUCUAGUUAUCUACCCAUAAACAUCUGUAAGAACAUACGUUCAUUUAUACAUAUUUUCUAGGUUUGCUGUAUGUUGAGGAAAACAGAAUAUAAAAAAAAUUGAAUUUGGGAAACAUAUUCUUUUAGACCUACACAAAUUUUGUAGCUUUACAUUUAUUAGCACACUGCAUUUGUAAUAUGUGUUAAUUAUUGUAAAUAUAACUUCUGAAAGUGUUAAUGACUUUUACACGUAUGAUAGCUUUUCCCCUGAAGAGACUGAUUCAUCUUGAUUUAUUCUGUAGAAUGGUUAUUUAUUGCAUUAACUUUAGUUUACCUAAUUCAUGUCAGGGCUUCUAAGUUUGAAUUAUGGGAGUUAAUUUAGCUUUGAAGUAGUCAGGAUACUUUCACUCAAGGUUGUUAUUUGUAGCCAUUUCUAAUUUUCAUGCAUCACUAUUAAUUUUUUGUUCUUAUAUGUUUUUGAUGUAACAUGUUCCUCUUCUUUGUGCAAUAAUCUGAUUUAUUAUGGAGUUGUGUAACAACUUUUAAGAAAAUCUGACCAUGAAUAUAAAGCAUUCAAUGGAUUUUUAACAAUUCCACUUGUUUCUCUGCUAUAUGAAUCUUCUGUAUUGAAUAUAUUUGAAACUGAUGAUCUUUCAAUCCAGUAUUGCUGCAGUUUGUAAAAACUUGCCAUUUUUUGUGGUGCAAGUUCCUAGAAUGAUAUUGGCAGUUAAAUGGUGUCAAGUUGCAUUUUAUAAUAGUAUUGUGCUUCUGAAGCAUGUGGUGCUAUAUUUUCUGUGCUUAAUACACGGUGGUGUAUAGUUUUAUUGAAUGUAAGAACCACAAAGAAAGUAUAUAUGAGAUAUUGUUCUGUUCUGCUUGAAAAUUGAUUUUUUCAGUAAUGGUUUUCAUUUGUUUAUUUAUUUAUUUUACUGUAGUACAAUUUUUGGUAUAUAUUAUUUUAGUAGAAGUAAUUAUAAUUCCAUUACUUCGUAAAAUAGUUUGUGGAUUUUUUUUUAGUGUAGCAGUAUGACGUUUAGUGUAGAAUAUUAGUGCUUGUGUAACAUGUUUAAUUUGGAUAAGAUGUGGUGAUUAGUUAUUGGUUAGUGAUAUGUAAAAUUAAUUAAUAGCUAUAUUGAAAUUUAAUAGUUUCUUUAAAUGUAGACAAUCAGCAAUAUUGUUCUUUCAUGAAGUCAGCUACAUUAAAAAUGGUAUUUUUUAUUGGACCAAGGCAGUGUUUAUCUCAUAUGGCGUGACAAAAGUUUGUGAACAGUUAGUCGGUGCCAAAGUGAUUCUGUCUCCCUAAGCCUCUGUACGGUCGGGCGACGUUAAACUCUUAGCAACCCUUUCUGCUCAUAAUUUAUGGAAAGAAUGAAGUUGCUCUACUAACUUAUUAUUUUGGACUCAACCUAAAUAUCUGAGUUCUAUCAUUAGGUUUAUAAUUAAUUAAAAAAAAUGAUAAUUUUCAAUACCAGAGUUUUCUGUAAGUAUGCACAUUGUGUCAACAAUGCAAUAGUGUAGUUUUGUUCAACUUAUAAACACAGGUUUGUAAGUCCCAUUUGGUGUCAAAUGUUAGUUUUGUUAUAAAGUAUAAACAUUUAAACUUAGAUUUCGGCUGUGAGUUGGCACAAAAACAGAAAUGGCUACUUCAGUUUUCUGGAAAGUUACUUUGAUUCUGCAUCAAGAUAGUUGAUAUGUCAUGCUUAUUUGAUUAGUUAGUAUUUUAAAUUGUUGAAUAUUGUAUAAAUGCAGAUUGCAGGUUCAUGAAUUUUAAAUAAGUAACUUCACAUGACAGUUAUUGAAGGUUAUAUUUUUAUUGAAUACAGAUUUUUCAAAGGUUUUAAACAAAUGAAACACAUUUCAUAAAUUGAGAUAAAAUUUGAUUUUCGCUCCAGUGAAGUUGUUGUAGUAACUGCAUAUUUAUACUCUAAAAUGUCUAACCAAUAACAUUUGUGACAGAUAUUAUUAAAUUUGUUUUAUUCGUAGCAAAUCUGGUCAUUAAUAUUUUCCGUGCCCUUAAUCAGGGAAACUCAUAAUUAAUUAAAAAUGAAAAAAAAAGAUUAAUAAAAAAUUUUUACUUAAUCCAUUUACUCCUAAAUAAUGAGGUGGAAAUAUUUAUCAAAAGAUUUGGCUAGUAGAUGUUUAUAGUCUUAUUUAAAUAAUAGGAUACAGUUUUGAGGUUUUUCAGUAAGGAAAGAAUGCAAAUGCUUCAAUUCCCAAACAAUUUUAUUCCGAUUCCUGCAAUUCAUUUGGAAGGCCAAAUUCUAUUUCAACAUUUUUAUUUAUUAAUUUUCUCUUUUUUCAUUUCCAUCAACUAAUUGAUAACCACAAAGUUUGGUUAUGUAAUGUUUGGAAGUAAAGUUCCUGUCAUCUAUUUAUUUUAUCAAAUAAACUUGCACAGUGCAUGAUUAAUAUGUAUUGUUUCUUAAGUAAUUAUUAUUUCUUUGUAAGGUUAGUUACAACUUUUUUGUUCUGAUAAUAAAACUUUACCUUUUUUUUUAUUAUGAGACUCUUUACACUUGUGAAUGUUCUAACAUUAUUACCCUCAAAAUGUUAUCUUUUUUUUUUUUUUUUUUAAAUUUCUCGUGUGCUUAUUCUUAUUUCCUUUAAAUUUUUUUGUUUUAUAAAUGGUCUUCAUGAUUUUUAUCAUGCUUAUUGUAAUAUUUUUACCAUGCUCUUCAAAAUAGUCAUUAUGCUUAUUCUUAAUUUUUAUUAAUCAUGCUCUUCCAUAUUUCUUUGCUGUUCCUCAUUUUUCUCCAUGUUCUUUCCUAUUUAUUUCAGCCUGUUUAUUUCUGUAUUUUGAUCCUUUGUUCACACGUUCUUUAUCAUUGUCCUUUUUACUGUGCUUCAAAGUCCAUGUCACUUCUUGUGCAUGUUAAGUACAAGGGAAUUUAUGUUGGAUUACGUACAUAAUUUGGAGGAUAUAAUGCAAUGCAGAUUAUCUCGCCAAAGAUUCCUCAUUUAUAAACCACAUUUUAUCAAAAUUACUGUUGAAGAAAAUUCAAGUUUGGUUUGAAUGUAAUAAUAAUAUUAAUAAUAAUAAUACAUUGUACUUACCAGUAGAAUUCAUGUAUGUUAUUUUGUUGUUGUUUUAUUGUUGUCUGUUACUUGGUGCUAGUAUUUAAAGUGUCUGUAGUCUUACAUGUGAGAAACUUAAGUUCAUCAGCAUUUUAUUUUCAAGUAUAGUAUUAAAAUAACUUUUUCAUUACCACUGUAAAUUUUCAUGUCUGCAUUUGCAUGUUGCGCAGUGAUCCACUAAAUAUACUACACAUUUUAUACUUAGAAUUUGUUGUAAAGAAUAUAUUUUUUGAAACAUUUUUACAACCUAAAGAAUAUUUGUUUAACUGGAGAUCUCAAAGCGAAUUAAAUAUAUUUACUUAGCUGUACAGGAUUAAAAUUUUUUGUAGUUCAUUGUUCCUUUUAUCUUUUAGGAACUUGUAAUCAGUUUCAUUAUUGUGUUAAAACUCAUCGCUCACAGCUGGAGAAGAGAAAUGUCAUAAAAUAAAACAUUUAAGUUAGGUGUAUGAUUUCACUAUGUGUAGUUCUUUAUAGUGCAAUUGUUUUAUUAACUUAUAACAUUUCUGUUAACAUUUUCUUUUUUAAUAAGCUGCCAUUCAUUUUUUUUUUCAGUAUGUUCUUAGAACUGUUUUAUGCAUGUCAUUGUAAGCAUGUAAAUUGUAAGUUAUUUUUUGUUGCUGAGCAUGUGUCUGGAAUUUGUGUGUCAUGUUAGCAUACCUAGCAUGUUGAUGCUGCAUGUGUUUGCCUUUUGCUUGUGUACAAAUCUGAUCACUUAAGUAAGUAUCUUGGAAAGAAAAGAUAUAUUUUAAGCAAAAUAAAAUUAAUUUUAUCAUCAUAAACAGUGACAAUUGUACGCCGGUGUUGUGUAAUCGUGAUGUAUCAAAUGCUACUUUGAUUAAUUCAGCCUAGUGCACAUAUGAGCUAUACAAUAUCAUCUUGGAUAUCACUGGUCACAUGAGAUGAGAAACUUCCUAAAAGUAUGGUAUUCUAUAACAGUUUUUUUGAAAAUGUUAUGUUUUUGAAGUUUUAUCUUCAUCCUGUGUUUUAGUGUAUUACAUUGCACUGAAAACUAUUUCUCAGGAUAAUUAAUAUCACUUUAAUAAAAAUCAUUAAUAAUUUUUUUUUUUUUUCAAACUCUUCACCAUUUAUAGAUAUUAAACCUGGGGUUGGUUCUUAGAUUGUCACACAAGUUUUUAAUUCCAUUCUUACUUAGGACUUAAUAACUAUGAUGUGGUGAACUUAAAUACUAAAAUAUGUAAUAAAGCUUUUUUUCAAAAUAUUGUUUGACACAAACACACACAGAUUUUAGUAUUACAAUUGGGAAAGUAUACCGUAUUUACUCGCAUAUAGGUCGCCAUCGCAGAUAGGUCGCACCCAUAAUUUGAGGUCUUGAAUUUGGUAUUUAAGAUUCCCCCCAUAUAGGUCGCACCGGUAAUUCAUUACCGCGCCGUGCGCCGUGCGCGGAGAAAGGUCAUUGUACUCGAUCAGCUGCUGUUACGGCGCGCCUGCUGGCUUUCUUUGUUCACUGAGCUGCGCAUGCGCAGUAUAACUCACUCAACGCUCCGCCCAGACUCGUGACCUUGCAUCAAUAGCCAGCCAAUAGAUGCGAGCUUAGCGGAAAAAAAUAUAAGCUCCAACUCCCGUGUACCAGUUUUAUCCAGUUCUAAUACCAGUUUAUUGGUAUACGCACCAGUUUUCUCGCUGCCGUGACAUGUUCAAGUUUACGUCCAUCUUGAUGUCUUGAUACCAAUAAUUAAUUUCAUUACGAUCCCCAGAAAUAAAUUGUUAGUUUAAAAAAUAUGCGUCAACUGUACAAUACUUCCGAAAUUAUAAAAUACGUAUAAAACAGUUACCAAGACUCCGCUCAUUUUAUUUUGUGAAGUUUGUCUCGUACCAGUAUUUCUGCUAAGUUGUGACAUAAAUACAGUAUCAGAAAUUAACAAUCUGCCACGUUCAUACAUUCGUGAGUUUACGUUUUUCCCUCGUGCAUUUUAGAUUGUCUCCUGCUAUAAUUAAUCGGACUUUUACACGCCUAGGCUUAAAUUAUUACAUGUUUAGAAAUAAAUGCAACUUUUCAUGUUAUAAAAUAUGUAUAUUUUGCGAUUUAAAAUGUUCAUUGCCGACUAUAAACGUUAACGUUUUUCACUAUGUUUUUAGGCCUACUAGCUAAUCUUAACUACUCCUAAAGUACCCACGGUAUUUUCUGGUUGUUUAUGGUUGUUACAUGACGUAAAUAGCGGGAUGGAUUCGAUUUUUGAGACGUAAUUCGCGUGAAAUUAUUGUAUUGGACUAUAUGGGAACUAAACGGGACCUGAAGAAUAUAGUGCAAAUAACGGGAAAACGUAAAUAACGGUAACGUAAAUAAGGGGUUUCGCUGUAUGUGUACAUUGUAAAUAAAUUUGCCUAUACCUAUAUAAGCUUCUUUUUCACAUUUUAAAGCAAAAUAUUGCAAAAAAAAUUCUCAAAAAUUUAAAAAAAUUUUUCUUCGCAUAUAGGUUGCACUUCAUUUUUUCCUCAUCAAAUCUGGUAAAAUUGCCGCGACCUAUAUGCGAGUAAAUACGGUAGUUGCAAAGGAUAGCCCAAUUAAUUAAAUAGGUUUUUUUUCUACUAAUAUUUACACAAUUAAAUUACACACUUAAGAUGUCUGCCUACAAAGUAAUCACUCCAUUGUUCAGUUCACAGUUUACUCUUCCCACUUGAGCUCGCUCGACGGGCUCGCCUCUCAGCUCGUCUCUGUCCCAACACACUGCCUCGCACUACUCAUUCUCCCGUCUCACCAGUCUCCGUCACACGCCCUCUUCACCAUUUUUAUACCCCUCGGCACCCUCAUGGAAUGGUCUCACACCCCUUUGAAGUAUCGUAUCACUAGGCUCGACUAGACAACAUAACAAUGACGUCCUAGCCACGUCACUCCAACCCUCCGGAGGGGCUCGCGGUCAAUGAUCAAGUGCCACGGGAGGGGGAGGGGGAAGGAGGGAAGCGAGGCUGGUCGCUCUAAUCCGUGAAGGAAUGUGUUGCUUCAAUUUGCCAUGCUCCACCCGGAGCAAGCCGAUUGCCAACAGACCCAUGGGCUUCCCUCGCAGUACCUCAUAACAGUGUUAAUUAAGAUUAUAUCAAAAGAAAAUUAUUUUGAUGAAAGAAAUAAGGAAAUUGAAUAGGUUUUUUUCCCUUAAAUUAAAUCAUUAAUUUUGAAGGCUAGUGCGAAUGGAUUAAAAAGCUAAUUUUGCUUAAUUGUGUUUAUCACUGCAGUUAAACCAAACAGAAGAAAUCAAUUGGGAAAAACCAUUAUUGUGGCGCAUGCCCAGUAAUGCUUGAAAUGAGGCAAUAGAGAUUAGGAAAUGAAUAAUGCACCAAGGUCUAUUGCACUGACUUCACACUCUCCUGACACUUCAUAAUAUUAUAUAAACUGGAGUAAUAUUCCCAUUGCAUUACUCUUCAUGAAUUAUUGGUUUUCCUGACAAAUUUUUCUCAGGUAGUUGCGAUGUUGUCUGUGGUUUUUUAUUGCUUGAACUUCUCAUCAUGUUUCAAAGGGUUUUUUUACUCAUCUUUUGCUGGUAUGUGUAUCUGUCUUACAAGUGCCACUUUUUUCCUUAUUCUGGGACCUCCAGUGAAACCCUACAACAUUUUUAAAGAAAGAAAAAAUGUGCAUUCAGUAACCAGGGCUGCCUUAAAAAAAAUAUUUUACCUACAGUUCUUUUAGGUAGAUGUCGAAGAAAGUAGCAAUGGUAGUUGCUACCAUUAUGCAACUUCUAGAAACUUUCUACCUAGUUUUUUUGUUUCAUGUAACAUAGACCCCAAAACCAUUGUCUUAUAAAUUUUUUAUGAACAUGAUAACUGGUGCAAUAUUGCACAAAUUACUUUCAAACUGAUACAAUCAUAAAGUAAAGAGAUGUAAGAUCUGAGUCUUUUUCUUUAAUGGGCAAAAUCACAUGGGAAUAGAAAUGGGUAAGGUCUUUUGAAAAGCUGAAAAAACACUAUGAUUCCCUUAGUAUUAAAAAAUACUGUUUCCAUAUGAAGUUAUAUCUUCUAAGAGUAGUACCAUAAAUUUUUAUUCAAAAGUUCUAUUUAAUGAUACCAACCAUUAGCUCAAGGGGUGGAAAAAUAUGUAUUGAAGAGCAAAAACAUGUCUUACUCCCAUGGCAGUAACAGUACAGAGGUGAACACAGUUCCAAUCUUGGACGAGGCAAAUGACCGGAGGAUGUUGUGUGAUAUGGAUCAUGGAAAACCUCCAAGUUAAAUGGGAAGACCAGAAUUUUGAAGAAUAAUUGCACCAAAGAAUGCUUGUCGUACUCAUUUCUGAUGUCUUAAAAAUCUAUACUAAUAUUAUAAAGCUGAAGAGUUUGUUUGCUUGUUUGUUUGUUUGAACGCGCUAAUCUCAGGAACCACUGGUCCGAUUUGAAAAAUUCUUUCAGUGUUGAAUAGUACAUUUAUUGAGGAAGGCUAUAGACUAUAUUAUAUUAUCAAUAACAUUAGGGAUCCUUACUCAAACUCCAAUUUAGAAUCAAAUAGGUUGGAGGGGGUUAGAUACAACAUGCAGUACACAUACGAAGUGUGUGUUGACAAUGCCGCAGGCGCAUAGAAGUUUAUUUCCUAUUUCCUAUUGCCUAUUAACAUUGUUGCCAUGCACUAGAUGCCUUAUCAUUCUUAAUUUUCCCAUACAAGUAAAAAACACCCGUGUGAUAUUAACAACGAAGCAAUCAGUACCCUCAUAAGAGUUCAAUUAGUAUUUAAAUACUUUUUAUCACUUUAAAUCUCAAACCUAAACUAUUGUUAUUUUAUUGCCCUUUUUUUCAAGUAUAUAUAUUUUACAGACUUGAAACUUCACAGUAAUGUUCCUUAUGUUACGCAGGAUGAUAUUUUUCGAAAAUUAGAUCCCAUGGGUGGUUAAAACCAGGCGACAGUGGGUACUUUGUCUUCAUGAGAACAGGAUUUUGCAUUGUUCAUGCCUUCUGCGUCUCCAUGGCAACGGGCAUUGCGUGGCAGUGGCGUACCCACAAGGAGGGGCAUGUAUAAUGAGCGGCGCAAGAGUGAUCUGCCUGUAGACUGCCGUAGCGAAGUACGGGUACAUUAGUUGUACGUUGCGUGCACGAGUCGGGAAACCAUCAGUGCUAUUCAUUUUCUCUCCGGUACAUUAUACAGCAUUGUAAUAAAUUUUUUCUGAAUUUUUUUUAUUUACCAUUACUGUAAAUGGGAGAUGUGGCUUAAUUUUUUUCCAUUAGUAUAGCCGUGCGAAGCCGGGUCGGGCAGCUAGUUCAUUAUUAAAGGUAUGAAGUAGCUUAUUUGUUUUCUCAGCAGUUUCUUGGCUCAAAGGAGUUAAGCUACGGGGGGGGGGGGGGGAGGGGCCUUGAUAAUCCCCACUGCCCCUCCCAUAGGACUGCCACUGUCACAGUAUCAAACCUUUUUAAAGUUACUGUAUACCUUUCAAAUAGCCUCUAAAGAACUAACCCACUGCAAGGUGUACAUUGGUUAAAAUGGAACUAGACCCUGUUUGUGACUUACAGAAAUAUGAACUUUAAAUCUACCUAUUCUUGUAGGCCAAGUUGAAAGGGAUUUUCGAACCAACUAGAAAUUAUAGUAUGUAGUUUAUUUUGAAGAACUCUCCAACUGGAAUAAGUAAUACUAUCUUGUUUUUAUUGGUUACCAGAAACAUUUGGAAGAACAGCUCUGUUCUUAAAUUGGUCUUGGUUUUUUGGUUGUGAUUGCUACAGCACCACGCUUGUAUGAUGACGUGAUGGUCCGUGGUUUGAUUCCAACCAUCAAUGCCAAGUUAAUGCCCAUGUGGUAAUUGAGGCAGUUCUUUCUUCUGCAAAACUUGUGUCUUGUAAAACUUCAUGCUUGCCUCUCCUUUGUGAUGGGUUGCUGUGUUGAGACUUUCGACUCGUCGAGGGCCUGGUCUGGUCUCAAGUAUUUAGUAUCAGUUUGACUUUGUGGAUAAUUGGAGAUGACACUCGGUGUGUGUCUUGCAGUUUACUCUUUUUUGUAUAGUUGUGAAUUUGACGUAGGAUAUUAUUCAAGAAUAAAUAAAAAAUGUACCAUUAGUGAGUAUGGUUUAAUGUGAUAAAUACUGCUUAUACCACCCUAAGUUUAUAUACUGUUGAUGAACUCUAUAGAAACCUUGCUAUAAUUUUCAACUUUAUACCUUGUUUGGCCAAUGCAUCAGGUGGUUACAUGCUAAAUAUGCUAACAAGUUGUGAGUUGGGGGAAAAUGUCACAUUAUUUUUUACUUAUUGAAAAUAAUUUGUUUUAAGUGGAUUCCUUGGCUUUAUGUUCAUCUUUCGUGUAUUUCAUUAAUAAAUAGUGUAAAUUUAAUUUUUGUUUCAAAUGAAAUUUGGUAUUUUCAUUGUCUUUUAUUCCCCUGAAUUGUUCUUUGAGUAAAUGAUAUUUAGAGCCAAAGCAAAAUUUUGUGUUAUAAAGAGCUUUUAUUUUCUUAUACCUUAUUUAUAUUUUGAAUGUGUAUAAUGUUGUUUGUUAACUGUCUUAACAGUUGUAUGUCUGUUAUGCUAAUGAAGUAAAUAAAGUUUAUGUUGGAAAACACA